AUGUCCCGAAGCAGCAACACAGCUUCCUCCUCGGCUGCCCACCUCCGCAGGCAGGAGCAGUCGCGCCCGGCCUUUUCCGAGGACCAGUUCCUGGCCGUUUCCAAGGAGCUGGUCAGCCAUAGCGCGCGUCCCGACACCUGGCAGCUCCUCACCAACACCCAGGGUCUCUGCAUCUACCGGCUGCACGACGAGAAAUCGGGGCUGUAUGAAUAUAAAAUCUAUAGCAUACUUACUGAUUGUUCCCCAGAGCUAUGUGCUGAUGUUUAUAUGGACUUAAGCUACAGAACAAAAUGGGACCAAUAUGUUAAAAAUGUACGUGAGAAAACUCAGGAUGGCAAAACAGCUAUCUACUGGGAAGUGAAGUUCCCCUUCCCCUUGGCAAACAGAGAUUAUGUUUUUGUUCGUGAGCGUCAAGAUAUGGAGCAUGAUGGGCAGAAGAUCUAUGUUAUAUUGGCUAAAAGUGUGAAUACUGUUAAAUUCUCAGAAAAGCCUGGGAUUGUUAGAGUAAAGAAUUUUAGACAAGGCGUGGCCUUUGCAAGUGAUGGCAAGAAAGGGUGCAAAGUUUUCAUGACCUAUUUUGAUGAUCCUGGUGGAAAGCUUCCUUCGUGGGCUGUCAACUGGGCAGCUAAGACUGGAAUUCCCAACUUCUUGAAAGACAUGCAGAAAGCUUGUCAGAGUUAUCGUAAGAGAUAA